GUGAUGUGUGUGUGGUGUCUGUCGUAUUUGGUGGGGGUGACUCCAGAUCAGCUCUGCCACUCCAGCUGUUAUCACAGAUCGGUGCGCUUUAUACGCAUGUGCCUCCCGCGUCCUGUCCCUCUUACAUAACACAUCCAGUGCAGCAGAGGACACGAGAAAAUGCGACCCCAACCCUCCCAGCCGAAAUUGGGCUAGGGGAUAGAAGGUCAGGAAGUGUCCCUUUGGUGUUGUCCUUCAGGGAUGUGGCUCCAGUGGGGAAGAGGGGGGGAGGAGGGUUUUCUUCAAGUGGUUCUUCUCCUCUCCGACUUGAAAGCAUCUAACUAAAAAGGACUGCAGACACUAGUCCUCUCUAAUGGGAAAGCUUUUACAUGCUACGCCGAGGAAAAGUGAGCACUUUAACCUCGGGAGUGCAGAGAGGAGAGACAAUCCUUAAUAAAGACACUCAGAGGAGAUGGGCAGUAAUACGUGGGGAUAGGGGCCAGUGGGGAUGGCUUUGAGGGGACCGGAGGCAUCCCUUGAUAGUAGAUAGGUUUCAUUGGAGGGUUUAAGACACCUGUAAUGGCUUAGAAUUCGCACAGGAAACUGUGUGUAACUGACAUUGCAAAAGCCUUAUUCUCUGCACAGUUACUUAGGCCUAAAAUGAACAUGAAAAGGCUGGUUUCCGGUACUUUCAUUGUAAUGGAAAAUUUGAACUGAUUUUCCUCCUUACUUCUUUGCCAUUUUAAACAUAAUUCAGUUUACUUCCCAAUUAAUAUUGGUGCUCUCCCCCACCCCCAAAGGCUAGACGUGGGUAAGUCACAAGAGAACUGUAUUUUUCUAGCAUACUCAGAGCCCUAGUCAAGGGCUAUUGAUUUUUCUCUUCAGUACAGUUGUUUCUUCUGUAGUGCAUAAUCAAGCCCAGAAAUUACUUGAAAUAUUAAUAAGAUCCAUUUUAAUUAAAUUUGCAAUGAUCUGUCCUCCUAGAAAAAGGCAGUUUAACUUUAUUAGAAACAUUUCCUCUGGUGUUAUAGUAAUAUUUGGUGAUAUUUGUCCUUGAGCAAAUCAGGUUAUUUCAAAUAUGUGCAUAUAUAUUAUAUCUACAUAAAUAUAUAUAGUUAUAUCACAUAUAUGUUAGAAUUUGUGAUUGUCUUGUGCCUUUUCAUAUUAUAAGAGUGCCAAAGCAAAAUUUUAACCAAGUAGAUUGUGUAAUGAGUAGAUUGGUUUUGAUUUUUAGAAUAUAGGCCAGAUAGUUUAUCAAGACAGAAAUGCCCACCCCGUGAGUAAAAUGGAUAUCAUUUUCAUUAUUCAGAAUGAAAUAAUUCUGAAUUCCUGUGGAACACUAAGAAAUUAUGGUACCAGAUGAGAACUGUGCAUUUUCAUUGUGAAGUGAAAGGGAUUUGCCAACAUCCCCUAAUGACAGUGUGCUUCAAGUGUCAUAAUCCCUUUUGACCACUAGGUUUGAAAUAUGCAGCAUAGUUCUUAUAUACCGAAAAAUGUUAUCUUACAAUGGUGAAUCUUUUGAAAAUUGUCUGAGUUUCUUGCUUUGAACAUAAGUCAGGCAUAAGACAAAAUUUGCUUGUUGGCAUCUGUAUUUCUGUGAUGGAGACUGUAUUUUAUGUGAUUAGCUUUACUAGAGACUGCUUUUAUUUAUAUAAGGGUAUUUAUGAUUGAACUGACAUGAAAUUGAUUAGGGGACAGUUUGGGAAAUGGUAAUAUAUUAAUGAUAUUGCAAAUUUAAGAUUUCACUGAUUUUUAACUUAUUAGACCUCAAGGUAUUUUAAUGAUCUAAAAUAUUAAAGUAGAUAAAAAUUUCUGUUUUUCUAUUAAAUGUGGAAUGUAAGAGUGAAUUGACAAUGUGCGUAUUCUCAUGUAAUGAAAUCAUGCUGUUUGACUACAUUGAAAGAUUAGCCAGCAGAAUCUUUUGAUUGAUCAGGCUCCUUUUACACAGAGAUGUGUUUACAAAUGAUCUUGUUACUAUGAGAACAAAACAGAGGCAACAUGUAUGAAAUUGUUCCUUGUGGAAUAAUGGUACCUGUGUCUGCUUGAGCUUUUGGCACUUUGUCGCUAUUCAGAAAAUUAGGUUGAUUCUUUUAUUCUGAUUCAAUCUAAAAUGAAGAAUCUGCAAGAAUUUACUUAUUUAUUUUUUUUUUUGUAAAGCAGAACUUAUUUCAACAGUAGCAGCGACAAAUAACAGGUACCCUGUGUUAGUUUUAGAUUUUUGAGCUAUUGGUAAUCGGCUAAAAUUAAUUUGAAAGCUUCAGCAUAGGAAAAGUAGUUUUAAGGAUUUAUAGAAAAUGUUAUUUGGUGUGGAAAGCGUUAUCCAUUAGGAUGUGGAAUAAUUUAAUACCUGAUGUGGGAACAGGGGAGAGUGGCUAAGAUCAACUGAGUUGAUGAUUUUAGCUCAAAUGAAUCACCCACAUCUGUUAAAAGUAAACACUAUUUUCUCAUUUGGUUCAUUGACGGCAACAGCAGGACUCUGUGUAGGUCUAUGCAGUAGUCCCAUAGGUGGAGAAAUGGUUAAGAAUUUAAAUCUUCACCUUAGAAUCCCAACGAUAUGCUUCUGGUUAAUUUAUUUAUUUUGUGAAUCCAUAUUUUGGCUACAACUUGGUAGAUAAGUGCUGCACUUUUUUAAGUCAUAUUAUAAAAAGGAGCAGAGGCAGGUUGCUAGUUCAACUCGGUGGACUUCAGAUUUCAUAAGGAACUUCAGACCAUGUAUAUGGCUUUGUUGUAAUCACAGAGGCAGAGACUUCAUUAACCUUUAGUCAAACUGUAGUGAAUGUUCCAAUGAGUAUUCUCAAGGUUUGAAGCUGUUGUUGAUGAACAGAGAGGAUGGGGGGAAAACGGGAAAACUUUAUCAAAAUAAGAUUGUGCUUAUUUGAAGGGAAUUGUGUGAUACAGUUUUCUGUUUGUUCCUGAUAUUUGAUCACAACCAAAAGCACUGCUUUCUAUAUGCUAUUUAUGGCAAUGCUGAUGAAAAGGAGGUUAUAAAUCAGUAUUUGCAGCUAUGAGAUGGCUGUAAGUAAUUUGGAAAAAUAUUUCAGUGCUUUAUCUAUUACUGUGAAACAACAUUCGGGUGUUUAUGUGCAAGGGGAUGACACAGCUUACUUGAUCUUUGGCUUCUCUGAGGUGGAUCAUGGCUAUUAGCAUUAAGACAUAGGACUAUACUGUCUUCAAGACUGCAUUUAGAAUAGAAUCAGAACUGCUCAAUAGUAUUGUUCCAGGCCAAACAAUGUGCUGCUAAACUUAACAUAUAACUCCCAUGACCCAUCUUUUGAGAUAUUAACUAUGACAUGUGAUCUAUCCCACAAGUGUCCAGAACUUUAGAUUUCCUAACAGCUUAAGAUUUGGAGUUGAACCAUUUGACAUAUUUGAAACAAGUGCUUUGGAGAGAAGUAAUGGAAAUGAUAUUUGUGUGCCUGAAGACAAUUUGGGGCAGAAAGCAUGUUGGGGUUUGACCUACCACUUUGGUCACCAGAGGGUUGGAUGUAAAGUCAGGAAGUACUCAGGGCUAGUCAACAUUGUUGACUUGUCACUCAUAUAUAAUCAUAGCCCUUUCUUCAGAGUACUAUGACAGGUGCCCUGGUUGUCCUGAUCAAUGCAAUUUAUUCAUCCAUUCAUUCAACAAGUAUUUACUAUGGGUUAGGCCUUGUGCUAGACACCAAAGGUUAUAAUGAUGAUCUGGACCAGAAAAGGAGCUUCUUAUCUAGUGGGGCUGACAGAUAAAUCAUGACGUUUGUUAUAAGUGGUAUGGAAGAAACAUAAAGGAGUGUAGAACAAGGGGCCCCUCACUCCUGUCUGGGAGUGAGGAAGAGAUCUCUCUUAGGAGGUGAUGUUUGAGCCGAGACUGUAGGAUGAGUAAGCGUUGAGGAGAAGAAGGGGAGAAUAUUGUACAACAAAGAACAAUGCAAAAUGUGCUGAGGUUGGGGGAUAUGCAGUGUUUUGAAGAGUUGAAAGUAAGCCAGUGGGGCUGGAGGGCAGGUAACAAGAGAGGUAAUGCAAGGUGAGGCCCAACCAUGUGGCAGGUUGGCCACAUGAAUGAUUAUCUAAUUUGGCAUAAAUGGAGACUCCUUGGCAAAUCAGGGCAUAUAAUGACCCCACUAUUGGCCAUGUUAGAGACUGAUUAAUGGAGAGGGAAUUUGGGGGCCAGGGCCUGGAAGCUGGAGGAGGCUUAUUUAUAACAUGUGUCUUUGCGCAGUGCUUCCAUAUAAAUGGUCUCUGACUCCCUGGAGAUUUAUGAUUUUGUGUAUUGACUUCAGUUUGAGGGGUUUAAUUGUGUAAUUAUUUACAGAUUCUUUUUUUAAGAAUGAGUAAUAUGUUUCAAAAAAUACUUAUUUGGGACUCCAGUUAACUAAAUUGGCCAGCAUCAUUGAUUCAGUUAAUGAAUAACUGCAAAUUCAAAAGUCUUUACAAGGUCACUGUGUGAAGUAACCGAUGAAUCUUUAGAGCCCUGCAUGCAUUGGAUCUAUGUGUUUCUAAACAGCUGCGAAAACAUUCAUUCCCCAGAUAAUUUAUUUACAUGUUUGCAAACAUCAGAAACUAUGGAGAAGUGUGGAUCUGAUUUUUUCCUUUUCAUAUGAUGAGGGGUCACUGAAAUACUUAAAAGGGAGUAUGAAGGCAAAGAGUAGAAGAAGAGGUUCUUGAAAUAUAGCAUUCCUGUAUGGAAUCUUGGACUCACAUUCUAUUUUGUCAACUGUAUCAAUUAAUUAUUUGCUCCCUCUUUCAAAAUUUCUAAAUUUAUAUAAUAUAGAAAAUUCUAUUUAGGUGGCAGAAAAGGUCAGUAUAUGUAGUAAUUCUAAGCCAGGGCUGUGGAGUCACACUAGGGGUCAGAAGGAGUAACUGAGAGAUAAAAGGACAAAGGUCUCUUCAGGAAUUUUAGAGUCUAGAGAAGACAUAUGGCUUUUAAGUCAACUUCAUUAAAAUUACAAGUGAGCAAUUCCCCUUGUGGCUCAGCAGUUAACAAAUUCUACUAGUAUCCAUGAGGACGCGGGUUUGAUCCCUGGCCUGGCUCAGUGGGUUAAGGAUCCAGUGUUGCCUAUGAGCUGUGGUGUAGGCUAGCAGCUACAGCUCCGAUUCGACCCCUAGCCUGGAGGUCAGCUGUGGGUGCAGCCCCAAAAAGACAAAAAAAAAAAAAAAAAAUUAAAAUUACAAGUGAAAGCAGUGUAUAAAUGAAGACUCUCCCCCCCCCCCAAACAGGAGUGAUUAGCAGUCUUUAUGGGAAGAUGUGAAUUUUUUUGACCAGGAACCUUUAAAGUUCGAGUGGUGUUUCAAUACGCAGAAAGGGAAAAGAAUUAAAUUGCUCAGCAUAACUCAAUCAUUAUUUGGAGACCUGGGCAUUGUUCAGGUAACCAGAGGGAAAUACAGGUGAGCCUAGAAAGGUACAUUGGUCCUAAAUCCCGUGACGCUGUGUAGGCCUCCUGAGAAAGCUGGACUUCACUUAAGAUUUUUGAGCAGCUAUAUAUGUAUGUGUUUUAGAAAGAUUGUAAGGGUGUAUGGGAUGGGUAUCUUGGUGGCAAGGAGGCAGUCAAAAGUGCUGUAAUGCCCAGAAGAGAAGUAAAGAAGAUUGACACUACUGCCUAACGCUGUGAAUUCUUUCAUCCUGUUAAUGGACAUCUUAAAAGUACUUUAUAAAAUAACGAAUAACAAGAGUGAUUAAAAUAUUUGGACCACGUGGCCAAAUAGGUAUGGCAGAUUGUCACACUGAACUACAUUUUAAGUACAGUACUGCAUUGUUAUUUUAACCUACUAUAAAACUUUUUACUCCAGAAAAUACUCAUAGGUACUCAUAGUGAAAGUUGACCAUAAAACACCAAUUUAUAAAAGUGGUUUAUACCUAGGAUCACAAGAUAUUUAUGUUUUUAGGUAUAAAUAUUUAAGGAAUGAAUAGAUGGUUCAUUAGAAUACUGCUUUUCAACUGAUAUCCAUUUAAUUGUACCCACCUCAUUGGCAAUACUGGACAGAUAGUGUAGUGCAGUGUAUAUGAAAGGCAAGGGUUUUUUUGGACCAAGAUUUAUUCGGUGCUUUCAUUUUCUCUGAAAAAGAAAGCAGGAGAUCACUAAAGCUCUUAUUUGCAUUGUGGCAGAUUCACUUAAUUUCAGAAGCUCAACCAGAAGAUGGGACUUCUGAAACUAGGUGGUAGGUAGAUGAAGACACACCCCCAUUUGUAUUUACUUGGGGAUCUGUAGGCAUGCAUAUGUGUAUGGGCAUGCAUGUGUGCACGAACACACAUAUAUACUAAUCUUAGAAAAUCAUACAUGUUUAGUGAGAAAGAAAUUUUGAUACUUAAGAUACAGCAUGAAUUCUGAUAGUUGCAGGAAGUAUUUCUUUUAAAAUGGAGAUUAGGUCUAAUUCCAUAUAAAGAAGAUUAUAGGAAAGGUAAUUCAAAUUGUAAGUAGCUUUGUUCACUAAAAUGCUAGAUUCAUUUGAAACACUGUUUUAUUUCUUUUGGAAGCCAGACAGCUAGUUUAAUAGUGUACAUAUGAAACACUAAUUUGGCUUGUUAAUUGGAUGCAAUUAAACUGAGGUUAUUUUAUACUGCUUAAUUGUCUGAAAAUUACAUGCAUUGCCAUGCCUGUGUAAUGUGAGGCAAAAACUGGGGGUGUAGUGCGAGUGGGGGCGGAGGGAUGUAAGGUCUAGCUGUGUCUUUGCAAUUAACUUUCCACAAAAACUUGGAAACAGGUCGUUUUAAACUCCCUGGUCUUCAUUUGGAAAUGGAAAGGAUUGGAACAGAUGGCCUCUAAAGCCUCAUCCAGCUCGUAUUUUAUCAGUUUAUAAGUUCUACUUUGUAGUUAUACAGAAUGCAGUGUCAUUAUCUUCUGUAAUUAUGGUAUUACAAGGAUGAACUAAACACUUAAAAAAAUCAGCACAGUGCCAAUUUAGCAAAUCCGUUAGAAGGAAGGGAAUUUAGGCUUGAAGAGCAUUUACUCUGUGCCAGGCUUCAUAGCAGGCACUCUCCAGUAACAUCCCUGAGAAGAUGUGGUAUCAUGAUCUUCAUGUCUACACUUAAGGAAACCCAGACUCAGAAAGGUUUCGUGGUUUUUGCUAAGGACCCUCUGAUGGUGGUGAAGCAGGAUUUGAACUCAGGACCAUUUGGCUCCCCAAACAUUUGGUCUUUUUGCCAUCCCAGGCGGCAUAAGUAGUUGUUUACAAAUUUAAAUUAUUUCAAAAAUUAAAAAAAAAAAUGUCAACCAUCUUAUGCUUGGCACACUGUUCUCCCCUACAGUUUACACACAUCUCCUGGUGAGAUAUGCAGGUAGCCUAGGGGUUAAGAGCCUGGUUUGGGUGAAUUCCAGCUCCAAGUCCAGCUAGGGGACUUUAGGAAGGUCAAUUAAGGUUGCAAAAUGAGGAUGAUAAUAUCUGUUUAAGGGUCAUUUUGAAACUUUUAUGAGAACGUGUAUACACACGUAGUAAGCUUUUAAUACCUGGUAGCUAUGAUUAUUCUUAAGAAGGGCUUAGAUCAAGAGAAAUGACAAUGAAAUACUUACACUUGAUUGAAAUGGUGUACCCAGCGAUGUCAGGAUGCACUUGUUUUGCAGCAGUUAGCAAAGGGAAAGAGCAAUUAAAGUUUGGGGUAUUUCUCCUUUAGCUCUGCCAGUGCUACAUUAGUGAAGUGAACUAAAUUCUCUGGUUCUCUGUGGAUCAUCCUUCUGGAGUUUUUGCUCUAAAAAUAGCCUUUGGGGCCUGAAUUACCCAACUUGAACUUCUACGCAAAUCGCAGGAGCCAGAGAACCACUGUUUACUCCUGGGGCCUUGGGCUUUCUUAGGAGACCAGCUGAAGUAUUCAUCGCGCUGAUGACUUUUAAACAAACGUUUAUUAAUUCAACAAAAAUUUAUUAAUCACUUAUUCUGUAAAAAGUGCUGUUCUAGACACUGGAGAUUCAUCAGUGAGCAGAAUAGUGAAAAAAAAAGAAAAAAAAAUUCCCUGUCCUCAUGGCAUUUACAUUCUGGAGGACUAAUUUAGAAACUUAUUAUGGUAUAUUCAGCCAUUGUACUACUUUCUAGUGUUUUUAGGAACCUCUACUUUUAUAUUGGGUUCUCAACCCAAAUAACAUCUAAAGAAACACUGCAAAAUACUACUAAAUCAAUAAUGAAAAUAUCAAUUUCUUAUAUAUAUCUAUAUUUUUCACAGUAAGGUAGUUUUUGAAGAGGUACUCUUUUUACAUAACUAAAUAUUAUAGCACUAGUUUUUGUUGUUUUUUUUUUAAUUCCUCUUUAUUGUUUAGCAUUACCACCCUUCAUCCCUGUAGAAUCAGGUCCUGGAUCUGUUUUUCGGGGGAGGGGAAAAAAAAGGUUGACAAACACCACCUACUAUUGUCAAAUGCACUAAUCAGCUUGUUAAAGGGAAGAGAUUACCACAAAUUAUAUUUGGAACAUAUAUUUUUAACCUUGUUUAAAUGAAUUUUUCAUUUUUUUUUUAACCAAUAAUUUUUGUCACAAAAUUUCUAGUGGAUCAGGCUAGUGGGUUAGGUUUUACACUUUCACAAAAGCGUGGUAGACAUAAUGCAUGGUAUGCAGUAGCACACAGUAGACAUUUGGCGGAUGCUUCAAGUCAUCAUUCUCAAGAAGCUUACUGUCAACACAGUAAGAAAAGCCAUUUGACCCACUAUAAGAAAAGGGGUCAUCGGAACCACAUGCAAGAUGACGUUCUGUGCCAGUAGCCAUAGUCCAUCCAUCUGCUCACCCUUCCUGUUUCUUCAGCUUUUUUGGAGGUCCUCUAGGAGGCACCUGCCUCACCUAUCCACCCAGCAAUCUCUCACACACUUCUUUUUUUUUUUUUUUCUUUAAGAAGUUAGUAUUUAUUUAUUUGUCUUUUUGCCGUUUCUUGAGCUGCUCCCGCGGCAUAUGGAGGUUCCCAGGCUAGAGGUCUAAUCAGAGCUGUAGCCUCUGGCCUACGCCAGAGCCACAGCAAGGGGGGAUCCGAGCCGCAUCUGCGGCCUACACCACAGCUCAGAGCAAUGCCAGAUCGUUAACCCACUGAGCAAGGGCAGGGAUCGAACCUGCAACCUCAUGGUUCCUAGUCGGAUUCGUUAACCACUGCGCCACGACGGGAACUCCUCACACACUUCUUAACAGCCAUAGACACCGUCUCCUCCGGCUUUGUGCUUUCCAUUUGUUUUCAUACCUAGUGUAUGGGAUGGAGUCAUCUUCAGGUGGUUUUUUCCCUGCAGUUGGAUGGAGAAGUUUGCAGUUGAACUGGGAUUCUUCUAUGCAGGACAGUUUUCUUUGACCAUGUUUUGUUCAGGGUGCUCUGGAGUGGAAAGCAGUAGAAGGUGCUCAUUGCUCAGGGGUGUAGGCUUUGAGGAAGAGUAGUUUCUUGGGGGGGCUUCCUUGGAGAAAUUAGGCAUAAAAGAGGGGGUAUAUUCCUUUCUUUCCUGCCCUAUGGAGGCAGAGAAAAACGAAGGAGCCAAGUCUGGGGGUGAGUCUUUUCUUGUCAUUUGAAGCUAGUGAUGAAAUCUGUCUUUGCAACUUAGCAGUGCCCCGUGGGACAGUCCUGGUGGCUGGCCCCGACACUUUAUGGGUAGGUCAUGGGAAGUUCAGCUUCUCAUUAUCCAUGGAACAGUUAUCAAACUUUAGUUUUCUUUUUUUCUCCUGAUGCUUACAUAUGAACCAAAUCCCCAUUUCUCUAAACAAGGGAAAAAUCCAGGGUUAUAAACAUUCCAUUUAUUUUCUUGUCAUUCAGUUUAUUUGCCGUGUGUCAAAGUUUGUGUUGGGGGAAGUAGAGACUUUUUAGCUAAAAUGAGGAUGUCAGACGUCUUUUGUGCCCGUGUCAUGAGGAUGUGCUCAUUAGAGCGUUUACCCGGGUCUCAGAGGCCAUCAGAAUGGCUGACUGUAAACCCUGACCCCCACUAGUUUAUUGCUUGCCUCCUUAUUGAUUUUCAGAAUGAUUCAGGCCAAGUGGCUGUACUUCAGUUAUAUUUCAUUGUUUCUUCAUCUGUAAAAACGAAGCAUUGUUUAUAGCACUGCCCUACCUUCUGGGAACAGAGCAGGGUAACACAAGAGAAUUGGAGCGGCUAUUUUUAGCAUGUGAAGCAACACUGAGUUUUGAGAAUAAUUCAAUUGUUGGGAAAAAAAGAAACCCCAAACCCAGAUACACAGCAAUGCAUUUGUGACAAGGGUUAGCGGAGUGUUCUUGAGAUAAUUGACUGUUGUUGAUGCAAUUUAUUACAGGCAUAUGUAAUUGCCUAUAUGUUUUCAGAAAGAUAAUGGUCAGCAGCGCCACAGCUUGUUGUAAUAUCCCCUGGUCCAUUUAGAUUUUGUGUAGAUCACUAAUGCAUGUGUGGAACAAAUUUUCAGGAUAGUUAUUCCCAAGUCCAGCAAAAGAAAAGGAAUCCAAAGACAUUUGUUUCUGAAUUUGUAAUCUGUGUACUUGUUCAUCUGACCUCGGUAAUAUUCAUGAUGAAUGCAUUGCCCACAUUUAAUCAAGUGUAGCUUUUAAAAUGGGCCAAGUGGCUGAGAAUAUUCAAAAUGACCUUUAAAAAUAAAUCACCUGACAGUAUGGAAUAUAGCAAAUAAUUGGGCGUUAAGCGUGGAGAUUAGAUUUUUUAAUGGAUAAACUCUGUGUUCCUUCACUCCUCAGUUGAUUUUUGGCCAUAUUUGGUCAGCACGUGCUAAUGUUAAACCUAAUGGUGUCUGAAAAUAGUUAAGGUGGAUAUUAAUAGCUGAUCUGGAAAAGCCUUUUACAUUCUAGCUAAUAAUCCCAGGAAUUUAUAUUGUGAAGACAUUGUCCUGAUAAUUUGUCUUUUUCCUAUAGUCUUUUGAAUUAAAUAGAAUGGGGGCAGUGAGAAGGAAAUAGAAGACGUUUUGAAAUUAAUGACAAAGUUUUCCCAGCUUUGAAGCCUGCUAUGAUUAUUCUAACCCUUGUGAUAGCUGUAAAAGCAAACAAUGUCUAGCAGUGUAUUUAACAUUUGUCAUCUCCUUUAAGCCAACUGGUUUUGGUUUAAGUUUCAUAAAAUAUUUUUUACAGUAUGCCACACAGUUGUGUAAAUCAAACUACUGUUCCUAUGCCUGGCAUUUAAGUAUUGCUAAAGCAAUGAGGCAGCUAGAGGGGUAGGCGUGGGGAAAUGGGAUUUUGAGAGUCUUUGGGGCUAUGCAGAUGGCCAGCUUCCUUAUUCAGUGGAACCUCUCCUGGUGCUUUGUUCCAGACUGGUCAGAUCUUGGUUUUGAACAGGCUGCAUCUUCCUCAGUAUCAGUUUAGCGUUUUGCAGGAAAUUUAACUUCUUCCUGUCAUUCUGACAUGGUUUGUAGUACGGCAGUGAUGACUUAUUUAGGUUAGUCCUUAAAGUGUCUAAUUUGAAAUAUGCCGAUUAAUUUCCAUAAGGGUAGGAUUUGAAGUAUUGAUUUGUCAAGUGAUGACAGGACACUGUAUGCAAUGUGAAGUCUUUCAUAGAAUUUCAGGAUUAGAUAAAAUCAUUGGAGGCAUCAUAUAAUCCCCAGCCAAGCGAGGAGAAAUCACUCAGGGCAAAUCACUGGGCCACCUGCAUUCAGUCUCUAUUUAAACACCUCUUGCUUUCUUAGGGAGGCCUGUACCACUCACGUACACUUCAGUUAAUCAGCAGUUGAGCCCUCUGCCACCAUGCAGAGCACGUUUUCUCAUGGACUUGUAUGACGAUCUUACCAUUAUUUAAAGAUAGUGAUCGCAUGCUCCGUAGGUAUUCUUUUCUUCAGGCCUAAUAUUCCUAGUUCCUUCACUUAGACCUCUUAUUAUGUUGUUUUCAUUUUUAUUUUAUUAAUUUCUUUAGGGGUCAGGCUGUUCAUGUCUGAAAUUUACUCCAGGCUGUUAUUUUUUUUUUAAUGAAUCCUCCACAAAAAUUGCAUAUCUCCAGUUACUCUUCAGAAUAUAUCCUCUUGCCAACUGUUUAGAAACAUUUUAUAGAAAAGGCCUAGACGUGCUUGCUGAGGCUUACAGUUGGACUAGAGCUGGAAUGUGUAAUGAUAUAAUACAAAUCUAAUUUAACAUAUGUAAUUAUUGGGAUCCUGGUAUGUGUAAAGUAUGUGGGAAUAUAAAUAAAGUAUGAAGAGAAUAUAAAGUGUAGGGAAUAUAAAAUAAAGUAUGAAGAGAAUAUAAAGUGUAAAGAGAAUGUUUCACUGUUCUCAUCAUCAAGACUUUUGUAAUCCACUAUAUUGAGGAAAAGAACUAUGCAAAGGAAGCUAUAAUUAAAAGAAGAAGGUUAGGAGUUCCCGUCAUGGCGCAGUGGUUAACGAAUCCUACUAGGAACCAUGAGGUUUAGGGUUCAAUCUCUGCCCUUGCUCAGUGGGUUAAGGAUCUGGCGUUGCUGUGAGCUGUGGUGUAGGUCGCAUAUGCGGCUCGGAUCUGGCGUUGCUGUGGCUGUGGUGUAGGCCGGUGGCUACAGCUCCAGUUAGAUCCCUAGCCUGGGAACCUACAUAUGCCAAGGGUGUGGCCCUAUAAAAAGCAAAAAGACAAAAAAAAAAAAAAAAAAAAAAAAGCAGGUUAAGUACCGUGAGAGAGGCAUAUAUGAAGAUUAAGGGGCAAAAUCACCCCUGGCUGGGGACAUCCAGAGAGGUUUCAUGGGAGAACGAGAUGCUUUAGACGGGCCUUGAUUUUGAGAGGUACCAACAUGGGAAAGUGUCAAGAGCGUUUUCAGAGAAGCAUCUGUUUUAAGGGCAGCACAAAAUGCAUGUUAAGUGAAUGUUGGUGAAAAAGUUAGAUCAGGAUAUGAUUGUCUAAGGAUUUAUAUUUCAGGGAAAGGAGUUUGUACCUAAAAUGGUUAAGUGGUGGUAUACAUACAUACUGUGUAACACAUCAAGAGUUUGGCCCCUGAUUUUGGCAAUUCUAUACAAACAUAGUUGAAUGAAACAAAACCAAUGAAAGAUAGGUAUGUAAUCACAUCUAGGCAGAAAAUCUUGCUGCAUUUAUAAAUAGUGUGAAAUAUGUACAUUUUGCAUAGGAGAUAUAUAUUUGCUUUGAACUAGCAUAUUAUUAUUAUUAUUAUUAUUAUUCUCUUUGUCCUAGGAGCCCAGCAAUCUUGAGGAUAAUGACUUAACUCAUAAAGGUGAAGCAAAUAUAUUGCUGGUGGACAUACUGUUAUAUUCACACUUGUGCCAGUUAUUCAUACCUUUUCUACUUUCCACUUUUUGGCCAUGUGAAUAUGAAUACCAUACUGUAAUACUAGGUUUAGCUUGAAUGGUUACCACUUUAAAGUAAAUUAAUUUUUCCUCCGUUUAUAUUUUCUCUUAAUUAAAAGUGGGGAUAUAGAAUGGUCGGAAGUACUUCUUUGCAGGUAGGUGUAUUACUUGUAAGCAUAUUAUCUAGAUAGGACCUAAAUGAGUUUUGUUACAUCUUUUUUUUUUCCCCUUUUUAUAGCUGCACUUGUGGCAUAUGGAAGCUCCUGGGCCAGGAGUUGAAUCAGAGCUACAGUUGCAGCCUAUGCCGCCCCCUGCGGCAAUGCCAGAUCCUUAAUCCACUGAGCCAUGAUGGGAACUCCAAGUUUUGUUGCAUCUUAAUCACAGUUUUGAAAAAUAUUCUUACUUUAGAUCUAGAUUGUCUUUAGUGUCGUGAGAAAACACUCUUUUUUUUUUUCCUCUGUCUUUUUAGGGCUGCACCCUAGGCAUAGAAGUUCCUAGGCUAGGGGUUUAAUAGGAGCUGCAGCUCCGGGCCUAUGCCACAGCCACAGCAACACCAGAUCCUGAACCCCCUGAGUGAGCCCAGGGAUCAAACCCUCAUACUCAUGUAUGCUAGUCUGGUUUGUUACACUGAGUCACAACGGGAACUCGGAAAACUCUCUCCUUUUAAUUUGCCUGCACAGAUUGCUUGUUAAUCCACAUAAUGAAUAGGAAAGAAGGUGGAUACUAAAUGGGGACAUAUUUCAUAGAACAAGUCGCCCUGUAUGCAGAAGCGAGGUAUCAGACAACAACCGAAAGUUAAUAAUUAUACGUUACCAAAACAAAGGCUAUUAAUUCCUGAGUGGGCACUUUGAUUGUGGCUCCCUUCUUGUAACCACUGUGGAAAGGAGCUUAUUUUAGUUUUAACUCUGUUCACACUGUGUCUCUGGAGAAGUACAUAGGACUUUGUGAGGAGCUAGGAAAGAAUAAAAAAUACAGUACUGUAAUAAAAUAGUUCAUACAGUUAAUUUUUAAUGUCACUUUAGUGCAUGGAGAAACACUGGUGUUUUGAUAACAUGCUUGAUGAUAGGCUGUGGGGGCACUCACUAUUAUUUAGACAUUAUUGAGGGCCUACUGUGAAAUAUUAAAUAUAGAUGGAGGCUGGACAAGGAGGGGUGUUCUUAAACACUUGGGUGCUACAUAAACAUAUUUCUAUGGGAAGAAGAAGGUGACUUUUACUGAGAGCCCCAAAGGCAUGAGGUGAUAAUGCCUCCUCUCAUUGUCGCCUAGGGGCAAGAAUGAACCACCUGUAGGUCCUAGAACUGCCUUAGUGACGGUUGCCCUUUGUACGGUUAUCCAGCCUUGAAGAGAUCAAGACACUGACAGUCAUUUGUGCUGAGGGCCACUAAAUAAAGAGGUUAUCAUUUGGGGGGUGGUUUGUAAGAAGCAUGCAAUCAUGGGGCUUGGAAAUAUGGAAGGAGAAAAACAGUCUUGUUGGAACCAGACUGUGAAGUAUGAAGGUAGGUAGGUUUUUCACAGAAGAUCUGUUCGCGUGUGUGCGUGCAUGUGUGUGUGUGUAAAAUAGAGUUCUCCCUUUAUUCUCGGACUUCCCUGUCCACUCAGUGAGCUAGCAUCUCCUUUGGACUGUGCUUCAGAUAGUUCAUUUUGAGCUGGGCUUCAGUCUGGGGAAGUUCUAGCUCUCAAGGAACAACACAGCCCUACAGUGUGGUAUGAAAUAGGAUGUGACCUGAGAAGGAAGAACAUCCAGAUAAUUUUGUCAUUGCAUUUCUUGGGAGGCAGUUUUUUAGAAAAACAGCAAAUGACUGGUGAAUGCUCAUUUAAGGAGAAGAAUAACUCAAUAUUGGAUAGCAUGAGAGAAGAAAAAAAAUUAGUAUGCCUGAAUAUUUUGAGAGAUGCCAGCUUGUGAGACAAGUCAGGCUGUCACAGUCAAGUGACCUGAAAGACUAGUCAGAGUAUAAGAAAAUGUGGAGCCUCUUUUGGUAGCGAUCUGGGAUCUCAGAAACAUGGAGACCCAGAUAAUUCCUGAAGUGACACGCUAUCACUCUCAUAUCGUCACUGUGCAUCUUAAAGGAAACCAGUCCUGAAUGAAAUAAGGUGUUUUAAAAGAAUUAACUUGGGAAAAUUCAAGCCUCAAUCCUUUCCACUGAAUGAAGUGAUAAUACAUUUUAUUAAGUUGGAAUUGUGCACUCUCGUAACAUACUUCAAAGCGCAAAACUGGAACAUUUAAAUUUUUUUCCAGGAGUUUCUAAAAAAGUCUGAAAUUUCUGCCCUGCAAAAUAUCCCUUUAUCCUCACAGUUUAUUUGUUCUCUCUUUCAUGAUAUUAAAGAGAUACCUUUGAGACUAGCACCAGGAACCUGAAGAAUUCAUAGUUUAUAAUUAUGGUUUACGUUUUCAAUUAUAUGUUUAUUCACAAGUUGAUUUAAUUUAUUGCUAUCAUACUGGCCUUCAUAUCAUCAGUCUGUACUAAAUGUAUGGUAGUACUGAUUUCAUUUAGUCUGUAAUUAGGAUUAUAAAACAGGAUAAUUUUUAGUCACCCUUCUUUUGUUCUUUCCAAGUGCCAUCAUCGGCAAUUAAGUAUAAACCAAAGAGCAUGAACUUUAGCUGAAAUCUUCAGGGAGCUUAGACAGUAUCUGGGCAGUCCCUUGCAGUUUGUGGAGUGUUAAUUAUAUACCAUUGACCGAUGAUUUGAAGGAAUAAGUAAAAGUUUGUUCUAAUCAAAAACCCCGGAAUCACUGCAGUGAUUUAAUGGGUAAAAGGAUGAUUGAUAUGAGAAGGAAAAAAAAAAAAACUAAAGAAGGUGGUAUGAGAUCACCCAGGAGUCAGGCAACCACAGCAGUAUUUCCUAGGAGUAAACACAUUCGGAAUCACUUUUACAAUCAAGAAUCCUUUAAUACAGUUUGGGAAGCUGUUUAAAAGCUACUAUAUUCAAACUAAAUAAAAAAAGCAGUUGAAUGGGAUUAUUUCCCAGGCCCCUCUCAUCACUCGUAUUGCAGAGGUGCUGGCUACCAGGCUAGCUUCGAGCAUCCUGUAUAGUACAGAGGGCGUGGUUUUAGUUGCAGUUAGGAGUAUGGAAAUGGAAGGGUCUUUUUCUUUUCAAAAAUAUUGGAAGGAGCCCCUCUGAGGUCCCUACAUUUAUGCUAGUCCUGUGUUUUCUGAGCCUAUUUCUUGAUAAAAUAGGCAUAGAAAUACAUGUGGAAUAAAUGUAAACUCUCUGCACAUUUGAUGUUAUUACAUGAUAAACUAUACUGUUGUGUCACUCAGAUCUUUAGAAAAUUAGACAAGUUCUCAGGGGCUUUGGGUCACUUUGAGUGGAAGCCAGGGUUCCUUUCGAUACAGGUAGUGAAUGCCAGGUAGUAAAUGCCUGGAUAGGACAGCUAACAUUUACUAAGUUGUAGUCUUUUAUUUGUGCUUAAAGUGCUAAAAAAAAAUUUUUUUUUUAAGUAAACUUUAAAAAAUGUAACUUCUUUAUCAAGGAGGAGUAGCUUUGGAUGAUGAACUUCAUGAAAGCAUCAAGAUGAUGAGUUCUUUUUAAUUCUUAAGAUUCAUUUACUUGUGAAUCUACAGGUUACAACGCAGGAAAUAUCAUGAUUCUUUUAACAGCCUAAAUAUAUUUAAGAAUAGAGUUAGUUUUUUAGAGCAGCUUUAGAGUCACAGCAAAAUUGAGUGGAAUAGAGAGUCCAUAGCACUGCCUGCCCCCUUCCCCUCCCCCACUCCCUGAUGGGCACAGCCUCCUCCACUAUUAGAAUCUUGCAUAGGGUGGUACAUUGGUUACAGUGGAUAAAUCUGCAUUGACAUGUCAUUAUCACCCAAAGUCCAUAAUUUACACUUGAUAAAGCCCUAAAUAUUUUAAUUCCAUGUCCUGAUGUGAGGCGUUGCUAAAUUCAAAUGUUAGAGAAAUUGGCAAAAUACAACAUCUGUUAACAUUGAUUCGCCAAAGAAGAACAGAAUCUAAAAUUUGUUAAGCUCAUCCAGUUUUUUUAUUUAAAAAUGAUUAUAGAGUCCCUUAUAGUCUCAUAACCCUUAUUAACCUUAAGCCACUGCUUUUCUAGAAUUACACAUGGUUAUAAUCUGGUUUAUGGUUUGUACUAAAUGGAGGGCUGGAAAUUUAGGAUAAAGGAAACUUUAAAAAUCGCUAUUAUUUUUAUAUGAAUGGGUAAAAUUUCCACUUUAAAACAUCCUGGCCAAAAGUUUUGCGUGCCAUUAAAGUGGAUAAGUACAAAACUGAUUCUUAAGAGGUUCGGAUUUUUAAAAAUUAGACAUUCCAGAUAUGAUAAAUUAGGACCUAAUAAGUAAAAGGACUUUAUAUGUUGUGUAGGGGGUGUUUUUUAAUAAAUGAAAACGAAUAGAAAUGCUUUUAGAAACGUCUGAGGAGUGUCUUCUUGCCGCCUUUGACCUCACUGGAGCUGUGCAGUAGAGAAAUCUUUUUCACUUGCAUCUGACAGUUACUUUAGGAAUCCACAAUCAGGAGAUGGAAAACGAGGAAAACACCUAAUUGCAACAACACUGAAAUGAUUUUCACUUUUGAUUAUUUAAAAAUAAUCCUAGUGUAGAAAGAGUCAUCUUGGGGGGAAAUUACGUUAAAAAUUGAGCUAAGAAACUUGCGCCAAAAAAAGUGCUUCCUCUGAGCACCUGGAAACACACGCCUUUCCCGGCCCCGGGGAAGGAGCGGGCGGCGGGCGGGAGGGGAGCAGGGUUGGGGAGCGGCCGGGCUGGGUCCGCCUGACGCGGGCGGGCGGAAAAGCCGCUCCCGCGCCGCCCCCGCCCGCGUGGCCCCCGGCGCCACGAGCCCUUCCACCCCGGGGAGCCCCGGCCCGCCCUGCAAGGGGCUGAACGUGAGGCCCCGGGCCGCCGCCGACACCCGAGGGAGUGUGAAUGCAGUGACGUCUCCGCCGGUUGCAGCUGCACAACAGGAAAUGCUCUCGGCCUCCCCCUUCCUGUCGGGGGAAAGUGGGGCUCGCAGCUCCCGCCGCGCCCGCCCAGACCUAGUUUCGGGGCGGCCCUCCCGGGGGCAGGGGCGCUGAGGAGAAGGCACUGACUUGGCCGAGGCUCGCUUGGCCGAGCCUGCCAGGGGACUCACUGUGCCGGAGGUCCGGGGAUCGCUGGCCUCGGGGAGACCGCUGCAGCUGUACAAUAGGGAACCCCGGUCAGGUGGGCCGGCUGCCUGGGGGUGAAGAGUGCUGAAUAAUGCUGGCUGCAGAGGGCCUGAGCGGACUUGUCCUUCGCCUUGCAGAAUGCACCUUCUUUCUCUUCACGAAGCCGUACAGGAAACCUCUUGUUUCACCCUCUUUCUAACUGUCACCUUUUUGCUUUGUUGUGGAAGCAAAGAUAUGAAUGUUUGCAGCCAAGCACAAGCAUCGUGCCCUUACACACUUCGAGACGGAAUCAUUACAAGAAAACUCUCCGGGUAGUCAUGAUUUUUAAACGUUAUGUAGUUAGUAAAUCUUGUUUGAAAAAAUGCUUAUUGUGAAUUUGAGAACAGAAAUGUAGCCCUAAUUUACUAUGCUCGAAUUAUAGAUGGAUUUAAAAAAACAAAACAAACCUUUUCUACUUUUUUUUUUUUUUUUUUUCGGCUAUAGGUAGGAUUAAAAAGUUGAAGCCAAGAGAGUAAAUCCAGCCUUUUUAGUAACAGGUGUUUUACUUUGCAUUAAUGAUCUUUCAAGGUACAUUUUAGAAUCAGUGUUGAGCUUAAUAUUCUAUAAUUUAGUAACAUGAAUCUUGUAUGUUUUAUAUACUUGUGAGCAAGGUAAGGGAGAAUAGUAUCGUAUCAGCUGCGCAGUCAUCAUUCUGACCACUUCUCUGCUUCUCUCCUUGACUCAUGAAUAGGCUUUGUAAUGGUAGAUUGUUCUUUUGGCCCCACAGCCAAAAUGCCAGAGUUCACUGGGAGGUCUGCUAAGGUUUCUUAUAUCAAAGACUUGACAGAGAAAGGAUUUAAUAGAUGAAGCUAUGAUUUAGUAGUUCAUAGUAAACCUAGAAAAUCAUUCUAAAUUGCGCCAUACACUGUUCACAUGUUUAAGUUAAACCGAGUCACAAGACUAAUGGCUGACCUAUGCUUAUAUAAUUGUUGCCUAAAUAUUUUCCUUUUAAAAAAUCCCCACAGGAUCAUUAGAAAUGUAUGUAGUACAAUGGCAUUUCCCUUGGGAUGCUUUCAGCUGAUUUAUGCAAUAAGGAAAUUAAAGAGGGCUUGAGUACACUUGGAAUAAGAGCUGUCGAUUUAAACAUUAGCCCUUUUUAAGACAGCUUUUUCCUUUAAUAGAAUAUAACAUAAAUACCCUCUCUUUGUACCAUAUGAGCCUCAUUCAAGUUGUUAUCUUGACACUCUUAUUUGGUUGUGAGAUGCACAAAAAUAUUUGUACAGAUAUUCUCAAUGGCCCUCUAAAGGAAAUCAAGUUAGAAGAACAGAGGGGAAUUUGUGACUGCUAGAUAUUACUCACUAAAAUUUGCGCUCAAUAGUUAGAUGGAUUCAAGGGGCGAACAUGACGGUGCACGGUGCGAGUGAAAAUGUGUUGUAAAACUGGAAAGCCACAUGUUAAUGCAAUAUUGUUUUAUUUUUUAAAAAAUAUGAUUCUCUUUUCCCAUUUCUCCCCCUAUAGUAAAAUUACACAGAAGAUAUACAACAGGAAAAUUGUUGAAGUGGAAAUUUGUUUGUCCUUUGUGGCCACCAUAUAGUUGGGUCCCCAACCCUACAUUUAUUUGCUCUCUAAUAAGGUUUAACUGCUUUUAAACCUAGCUUGGCCAUUUAUAGCCCUGGUAUUAUGAAAGUAUUUAUUUAGCAGUAUUAAUAUAAGGAUCAAUUACUCCAGAUCUGUAUUAGCAAUAAUCCACAGUUUUUAUGCAGCAUCUCAUUGGAGGUGCUAAGUAGGAUUCUUAGACACAUUAAUUAAAUCGUGUAACAACCAGGAGAUUAGCAUCUCUGUUUUAUAAAAAACACCGUGUGAGGAAUUCUUAUGGACUAUACAUAGAACUUGAAUUUUUAUAAUGUUACCUCAGACCCAGCACCUCAUCUAGUUGUAUAUGUUUGUGGCCCAAAGAUAUAUAAUUUGAUUCAGUCAUACAUGAGUUACAAAUAUUCUGCCUUUUAUGUGGCAGAAGGAGUUGUGCCUGUCUAGUGACCCAAACUACAAUUCUGAGUAGGGUGGUAGAAAAAUAAAUCUUUUACUUCUCAGCUGAGAAGUUUGUGCUUCUUGGAGGAAAAUCCUAGGAUAAAUGCCAUCCAUUAUAUCUUAGAAUCAUAAUUGAAGUGUCUUAAAAAAGGUUGGUUUUUCUCCUGUCUUUCCCAGUGCAUUUCACAAACCAGGGAAGAGUGUCUCAUUCUCACCGAUACUUCAAGGUCUAGUGCAGCUCCACCCAGAGCAGAUGCCCAGGGCACAGGUGCUAAAUGGAGAUAUUAAUAUGCUAUCACCAUUUCUCAUGAUUCAGACACUAUUUCAUGUUCCUGGGCCAUACUUUCAGAAUCCUCCUUUUGUUCAGUGGUUUGAAUUCAGCAAAUAUGAAACAAUAUUUGAUUUUUUUCAAUGAAAUGUAAACACACAGUAACUGCUCAAUAGGUGUUUAAUAAAUUGAGAAAUAUUGAAAGAAUUUAGCCAUAUUGUCAUCCUGGGUGCUUUAUUUACUAUUCUAAUCAUUUGCAGCCCUCCUCUUUCAUCUAAGGAGAGUCAUUUUUUAAAAAGCUUAUUGACCUAUUGGUUUACAAAAGAAGACAUUUAGUGAAACCAAAGAUCAGUCCACUUGAAUUUGAAUUAUUUUUAUCAGCACUUAACCCUGAGGCUGUACAUACCGGUUUGAGAUCCAAAGAUUCUUUGAGCUCUUAAAGGUAAUUCUGUUUGACCAUUCAUUGCCUAGGAGGAUCUUUGGUGCCGUGUUUAAAUCUUUCUGUAAGGGGGUUUGUGGAUUAAAAGGCCAGUGCUCUAUAUUCAGUGCCUAGGAGGGUGCCCAGCAUAGAAUCUAGGGGUUCCCGAGGGAGGGCUAGCUUUGUGGCAGGCAUGUGACCUGUGUCGAGCUUGGUUUAAUGCUCUGCUGUCUUGAAAUUCUUACUUUUUGAACGAGGCCCUUGUAUUUUUGUUUGGCACUGGGCUCUGCAAAUUAUGUAGCUGAUCUUGGUGCUUAAUAAAUAUUUGUGACAAAAUGAAUGACUUGAGUACAGCAUUUAGAAACUUAAGAUUUUGCUCCUGAAAACUUUGGCUUGAUGAUGAGCCUUAGUUUCCCUGUCUUUCUGAGAUGCAAGGAAAUGAAAAACAGACUGGAUGCCAUCCAAUUAAGUAUCUCAACUAGAAUAUUAUUUGGAAGUGAAUCUGAAUGGCCUUAAAAAACAAGUCUUCUCCAAAGUGUUCAGUAUAACCUCUUGGUUGGGUUGGGCUGAGUAGAAGUUCUGAUAGAAUGUGGAAGAUUGAAGGUUACCUAAUGGCAAAUGUAAUACGCUGCAUCACGUGUCUAUUUUCUUCUUUUCUUUAUAUUCUUAGCUAUAUUUCAGCUCAUGUUUGUUUAACUAUUAACUUUAAAAUAUUUAACUUUUAAAUAUUUCUCUGUAUCAGUGAUGUAAUUAUUCAUAAUUAUCGAUUUACUGAUAAUACUCAGGGUGUUAAGAUAUUGGGAAGGAUUUAUAUUAAAAUAUAUCUUUUUUUGUUUUCUGGAGAAUAUGAAUGAGUAUGUAAAAUAGGAGAGGAUAUACAGUAGUGGAGGGAGCAUGCUCUGGUCAUCGGCUCCUUCCUUUGCCUCCAAAGGCAAGUUAGUCUUAAAAAACUAUAUCUAAGGCUCUCCGGUGUUGUAAAUUUCUUCAUCUUGUUGAGAGCAAGUUCUGUUGCUUACUCAGAUUUAUGGCAGGAAAAGAGGCAGUAUAGAGCAUGACCAGGAGUGUGGGUUUCAGAGCUGGGCUGCCUGGGCGUGAAUGCUGUCUCACCUACUUUCUAGUUCUGUGACUUAGGGAAAAUUACGUUGUCUCUUAGCCUCAGUUUUCCUCAUCUGUACAAUAGGGAUAAUUCCUAAAGUGUAAACACUCACAUGCUCAUGGUGAACACUUAAUACAUGCUAAGGAAAAUUUUUAAAGUCUGUUUACUUAUUUAUUUAAGUUGUUUACAGAUUAUCAAAUAACAGUUGAAAGCUUGCAUUGCCACCCUUGAAGAUAUCAUGGCCUAGUGAGGGAACUGAUUUGUAAUCUAAGGAUUAGGAGAGACUAUGGAAUAAGUGCCAACAUGGAAGGAAUUAGAGGGUGGUGAGAAGACCUCCGAGGAGCCCUAAGCCACCCUUGGGGGAAGGGAGAGACGGCCUGUUCCCUUAGUUGCUCUUCCAAGGGACAGGCGGUCUCUAGAACAGUGGGUGAAGGUCUGAGAAUCUGUGGGAGAGUUUGGGGAAUCCUAAAUAGUUUAGUGGGGCAGAAGCUUAAAACAAUUGGGAGACCAUGAAAAAUAGGGUAGAGAUAUAAACAGAGGCCACACAUGAAGAUGUGGCCCAAAGGUAGGAGGGCAUCCAGGAAAGUUGUAUCAUAGAAGCCAGAAGAGGGGUUUCCCCGGAGGGAGGGAGUGUCUGUAACAAAAGCUAUGGUCAGUUAAAGUAAGGUGAAAACAGAAAAGUGAUUUAAUAACCAGGAAAUGGCUGGCGUCUAUUUUUGUCUAUCAUUUGCUAGUUAGUGUGAAUGAUUUUUUAAACUCUAACCAUUGUAAGCUACAGGAGACAUUUAAAUCAGAUGCAGAAGUGUCUGACUAAAAGAGGAUUAAAUCCUCAAUUUACCAAAAGAAGUUUUACCAUCCUUUUUUCUCUAGUGCUUUCAGAUUGGGAUGAACCACAAGUUCAAAAUUAGUUCAUGGCCCCACCCCAUUGCCUCUUCAGUUGGGAGAGGGUAAGAGAGCUUAUUUAUCAUUAUCACUGUAGAAUCUGAUCAAGUUUUUAGUUCCUAGUGAUAACUAAAGAUUAAAAAAAAUAUUGAGUAUCAGGUAUUUUUCUAGGCAUUUUAUGUGUGUUAGUUAAUUUAAUCGGUUAUCUUUAAAUCUUUCUCUUCUUAGGAAGGAGGGUUUUUAGUCUCAUUUUAUUGGUGAAAAAACCAAAGAACAGAGAGAUUAAGCAUUUUGUUAAAGGUUGCAAAGCUACUGUGUUUUGGAGUUUGCUUUUAACAGAUAGUCUGAAUUCAAGCCCCAGACACAUCUUUAUCCCUCUUUAUCACAACUGUACCUCCUGCUGUAGCUCCUUAUCCUUUUGCUGGAUACAUGGAUGAAUGAAUGAUUUGAAUUACUGAAAAGGGCUGGGGUGAUAAUUACUUUUAUUCAGGUUAGCAAAUCUGAUUAAAAUUUUUUUCCUCCCUGUUGGCUCUAAGUUUCUUUUCUUUUCUUUUUUGGCCAUGCCUGCUGCAUGCAGAGGUUCCUAGGCCAGGGAUUGUCCCACACCACAGCUGUAACCAGAGCCACAGCCAUGACAACGUUGGAUCCUUAACCCACUGAGUUACAUGGGAACUCCUCUUUUCUUUUUCUAAGGGAAGUUUAUUCUUUUGGUACUUCAAACAAUAAUCCAGUUCCUAAAGUUUUGAAGCUUAAGAUGUAUUUGAGAAUUUAUUCUUUGUAAUGGAAGAAUAGCUAAAUAAGCCCUCUUUGUGGCGUGGGUCUUGGGGUCUCAGUUUGUUAGCAAUGGUGAUCUGGAAUAUGCAAGAGUGGACCACUGCUGCAACUCCCCGGGAGAUGAUGGAGCUGCGAGCCAUUGGACCAAGGCCAGCUCUGAGUUCCCUGACCUUUGGAAGCCAGGGAUACCAAGAUAACUAAGUGACAAAAAAGUAGCAGAAUAUGACAGAAGGGACAUUAUUCUCAUGUUUGUGACUUUCUUUUUAGCUGUAACUCUGUGGUCUUGUGAGGCCCAUAUGCAAAAUGGAGCUACAGUUCUUAUCUUUGGAGGUGAAAUGAAUGUGAAAGGAAAUGUUUGCAGGGCUUAUAAAAAAUUUGACUACUGUGUCUUUAAUGAACAGAAGAACUUUAUGUGAUGAAACUAACUUUCCUACCAUAGAAAUACUUUAUAAAGUUUGUUUAUGUUUACGGACCUUAAAAUAUGCUUGAAGGCUCUCCAUUUUACCUGGAAUAAAGAAUAUGUGGCGUGUUUUUUAACUCCUCUGGUAACAUCUGUGAUAGGUAGUUCUUUGAGACAUUUCUACUUCCACCGAGGACCAAGAUUCUUUGCUCUACAGCAUUACUAACCAUUGUAGAGUUGAAUAUAUUUAUUUAUAAUUUAUUAAUAUUACUUAAGGAUAGUCACACUAAGUGUGAAAGGAACAGAGAGAGAGAGCCACGUCAGGGUAUCUUUUAAAAAACUAGACGUGAUUAUCAGUAUUUUAAAAAAGCAACUUUACUAUUCUUGCAUAGGUGAUGAAGAUAUUGCAGUUUAUUUCCUAAAGCUUAAUAGGUUUGAACGUGGAGUUUAUUUGUAGAAGGCAAAUAAGAGGCAAUUUAUAAAAGCAGGUCUUUGAAUAGAAUAAUGAUAAGCGUAUCCCUCCUAUAAACUGCAUUAUGACAGGUGUUUCAUUAAAUGCAAUGUGAUUUGAAAAAAAGGCCGAUAUGUGAGAUGAUUGCUGUGGACCUAGAUUUACUUAGAAGAUGUUGGUAGAUGGUUCCUGGUUGGACUGCAGUUGAUCGAGCAUAGCCCUGACCUCACCAGUGAGAACCUAGUAAGGUUCACUUUUUAGUUUUUAAAGCACAAUUAUGAAUCGAAUCUUAAAAUAUAAAGCUCUGAAACUGGUGACUCAAACUGCUGUCAUCAGCAAGAGGGUAGAGGAUUUUUAUGUCUUUCACACAAAGGGCGUUCAAUACUAUCAUUUUCUAAUUUUCCCUUUAUUUACUUUAUUUAGAUCUUGUCCCAUGAGAAGAGAGUCGAGCUGGCUUACCUCAAAGGUCUUUAUAAUUUUUGAGGAUCCUUUUUGCUGGUGUUUUUAGAGACCUUAAUUUUUUAUUAAAAUGGCAGAUACAGUGGAAUUAAGAAAUCCAUUGCGAGUGAAAAUGUCCUUAAACCAGGUGGAAUAUGUGAUAUAUCAGUGACUUGGAGUUAACAAAGAUGUUUAAAUCAAAGCAGAAGAAUAUGUUUUAAAAAUAAAACAAUUAAAUUUUAUGAGUUAGAAGUAAAAUAAUAUGUAGGGAAUUAUAUAACAUGAAUGUGUUAACUACAAUAUUUAUAGUUUAAAAAAAUCAUGGUGGAAAUGAUUUAAUCCGAGACCUCAGGCCCUCUCAGUUAAAUUGCUUUUAUGCCAUCAUCAUUUUCUAAAUUAUUGGAACCUGUAUGUGUCAGAGUUUGUUUCUACAUUGCUUGGUCAUGGGAAAAAAACAUUUAUAUAAGUUAAGUCUCUUUCAUUCAUUUAUAUCACCCUGUACUUAUGUAUGAGUGUGUUCGGUCUCUAAAAUUAAAAGAACAUUGUGUUUAUUGGCGAAUAAGAAGUUCUUAUAGAGUGCUCUAUUUUUGCAGCUGUGCUUCAUGGUAUCACGUUCCAAAGAGGUCAGCUGGGCAUGACCUCAUGGGCAUGAAUCUUGGGGAGACAAUUCUGAAACAGCUACAGGCCUGCAGAGUUGAAAGCCAAUGCACAAUGUCUCAAUGCAGAAUGCAGAGUGCUGUAGUUAGGAGGUGUCUAGUCUGUCAUCCAGAAGAAGUUCUCGGAGUAAAAGAGGGGAUUUUCAUUUGAAUCCCAAAGCUUGAGUUUUUGAGGCUAUUGUAAUUGCAUAAAUAAGAAUCAAACUGAUGCAAACUGUUUUGGAAAAGCACAGUGGUUGGGGCCUGUCUCCGUAUGCUGGCUGAUGACAGUGUCAUAGGAUUGGCGAACUUACCUGAGAAAUUGAGACUCAAGAUUGUGAGAAUGUGUGACUAGGACCGAAAGCAGAUCUCCAGGUGGAGUCUUUGAAUUUUUUUAAAAGACGAUGGUAAUCAGAUCUACUUGAAAAAUUAAGCGAAUCGAUUUGUUUGGAACAUUCUUUUACCAAUUCUUUAACAUUUAGCCACUGGUUUACAAAGUAUACUAUGUGAACUGAUGAUUUCUAGGAAACUGAAGCUUGAGUUGUAAUUCUUCAUCCUCAAGAACUGUUUCAAGAAAUACUUUUAUUUUGAUGAAGAAACUGAGGCACGAAAACUCAUUUGGGAUGAAUGCAAAAACAGUUUUCUGAGAUUCCCGGAAGUUUUCUAUGAGUUCCUGUGGAGAGAGCCUUGUGGAAAGCAAAAACGGCUGUGAUGCAGUUUUUUGAUAUGAGGAUAACAGGAAGCAGCGAGACAAUCAUGCCCAUGAGAACUCUAAACCACUCAGACCGUUUUAUUUUAGUGAAACUGGCAAUUGAACUUUGCUCUAGUUGAUGGGCAAAAUUUCUCCUAGAAUAUUCAUCAUCCCAACUUCAUCCUAGUUGAAAAUAUUCAAAUGCCAUAAGAAUUCUUUAUAGAUUUGCACUUAGCUUUUGGAUGGACAUUUCUACAAUGGAGAGAACUGUGUUAUAGCCCCGGUCCAAGGACAUUACCAUCUAAUGCCCAUAGACUGCGGGGUGGGAGUGAAGGUUCCAAAGAGAAGGCGUACUCAGCAAGUUUUGCAGACACCCUGGAACAUGGAAACAAGCAGGCUUUGAGAAAGCACCGCUCUGAAGACACUCCAUGCGUCUGCACGGCUUUCAAGUGAACUAGCCCUUAAGACCUUGUGUAACAAAAUGGACACUGGGGACACAGCUCUAGGACAAAAAGCUACCUCAAGGUCUGGAGAAACUGAUAAAGCAUCCAGUAGAUGGAGACAGGAACAAUCAGCUGUUAUUAAGAUGAGCACUUUUGGCAGUCAAGAAGGACAGCGGCAACCGCAAAUAGAUCCUGAGCAAAUAGGAAACACGGCGUCAGCACAACUCUUUGGUUCUGGGAAACUGGCCUCACCUAGCGAAGUGGCACAGCAAGUCACAGAGAAGCAAUACCCACCACACCGUCCGAGUCCUUAUUCAUGCCAACAUUCACUCUCCUUCCCUCAGCACUCAUUGCCACAGGGGGUCAUGCACAGCAACAAGCCACAUCAGAGCCUCGAGGGCCCUCCGUGGCUUUUCCCUGGCCCUUUGCCACCUGUUGCCUCCGAGGACUUAUUUUCCUUUCCUAUACACGGCCACAGUGGUGGUUAUCCCAGAAAAAAGAUUUCAAGUCUGAACCCUGCUUAUAGCCAAUACUCCCAGAAAAGUAUUGAACAGUCUGAAGAUGCUCACAAAAAAGAGCACAAACCCAAGAAGCCCGGCAAGUACAUUUGCCCUUACUGCAGCAGGGCAUGUGCCAAACCCAGCGUACUGAAAAAACACAUCAGGUCCCAUACUGGUGAGCGGCCAUAUCCAUGUAUACCUUGUGGUUUCUCUUUCAAGACAAAGAGCAAUUUGUACAAGCACAGGAAGUCACAUGCCCAUGCCAUUAAGGCAGGAUUAGUCCCUUUCACAGAGUCAGCUGUAUCUAAAUUGGACCUGGAGGCCGGGUUUAUUGACGUAGAAGCAGAAAUACAUUCAGAUGGUGAACAGAGUACAGACACAGAUGAGGAAAGUUCUUUGUUUGUUGAGGCCCCUGACAAAAUGAGUCCUGGGCCACCUAUCCCUUUGGACAUCGCCAGCAGAGGUGGCUAUCAUGGGUCACUGGAGGAAUCACUGGGAGGGCCGAUGAAGGUGCCGAUUUUGAUUAUCCCCAAAAGCGGGAUUCCUUUACCUAAUGAGAGCUCUCCGUAUAUUGGUUCUGAUAUGCUACCAAACCCGUCUUUAAAUACUAAGCCUGAUGACUCUCACACAGUUAAACAGAAACUUGCACUAAGACUGUCAGAGAAAAAAGGACAAGAUUCUGAGCCAUCUCUGAACCUUCUGAGCCCGCACAGUAAAGGAAGCACUGACUCUGGUUACUUUUCCCGCUCAGAAAGUGCAGAGCAGCAGAUUAGCCCUCCAAACACAAAUGCAAAGUCUUAUGAAGAAAUCAUCUUUGGAAAAUACUGUCGGCUCAGUCCGAGAAAUACACUCAGUGUUACAACCACGAGUCAGGAGCGUGCCACGAUGGGUAGGAAGGGCACCAUGGAAUCAUUACCUCAUGUAAACACCAGGCUAGAUGUCAAGAUUUUUGAAGAUCCAGUUUCACAGCUGAUCCCAGGCAAGGGAGAAGUCGACCCCAGUCAGACAAGCAUGCUGAAAUCCGCUAAAUUCAACAGUGAGUCACGACAAUCCCAGACUAUUCCAUCAUCUAUCAGGAAUGAAGGAAAACUUUAUCCGGCCAAUUUCCAAGGUAGCAGCCCAAUCCUCCUAGAAGCUCCUGUUGACUCUUCACCCCUGAUUAGAAGCAACUCAAUGCCAACUUCUUCAGCAACUAAUUUAAGUCUUCCUCCUUCUCUGAGAGGAAGUCACUCAUUUGAUGAAAGGAUGACUGGUUCCGAUGAUGUGUUCUACCCAGGGACUGUAGGAAUAGCCCCUCAGCGCAUGUUAAGGAGACAAGCAGCUUUCGAGCUGCCCUCAGUACAGGAGGGGCACGUGGAGGCAGAACACCACGGCAGGAUGUCCAAGGGUAUCACAGGUCCAUCCCUGAAGGAAAAGAAAUUGAUUCCUGGGGACAGGGUUGGGUACGAUUACGACGUCUGUCGGAAGCCCUAUAAGAAGUGGGAGGACUCUGAGACGCCAAAGCAAAGCUAUAGGGAUAUUUCCUGCAUCAGCCCCUUAAAACAUGGUGGAGAGUAUUUCAUGGAUCCCUCGGUGCCACUUCAGGGAGUGCCAACCAUGUUUGGGACUACGUGUGAAAAUCGAAAACGUCGGAAAGAGAAGAGUGUAGGGGAUGAGGAGGACACCCCCAUGAUUUGCAGCAGCGUCGUCAGCACGCCCGUGGGCAUCACGACCUCAGAUUACGAUCCCAAACUGCAGCUGCAGGAAGGAGCGAGGAGUGGGUUCAUGCUGGCUGGACAGGAGAACCCUUCUCAUGGUCACUCUGAGCGCUACGAUCCGUGUCGACCCCCGCUGCAAUCCGGAAGUCCGUCUCUUGGGUCAGAGGAGUCCCCCGCAGCCGCUGAUUCGGACAAGCUGUCAGACGUAGGGGGCAGAAAACCUCCCGGAAAUGUGAUUUCUGUGAUUCAGCACACGAACUCGCUGAGCCGACCCAACUCAUUUGAGAGGUCCGAGUCUGCGGAGCUGGCGGCCAGCGCCCAGGAGAAAGCCUCGUCACCUUCCGAGACGUGCGACAGUGAGAUUUCGGAAGCCCCCGUGAGCCCCGAGUGGGCGCCGCCGGGGGAGAGCGCGGAGGCGGGGGCGAAACCAUCCCCUUCGCAGCCCGGCCAGCAGCAGCCCUACCACGCGCAGCCCCGGUUAGUGCGCCAGCACAACAUCCAGGUCCCCGAGAUUCGCGUGACCGAGGAGCCCGACAAGCCAGAGAAGGAGAAAGAAGGCCAGAGUAAAGAGCCGGACAAGCCCAUGGAGGAAUUUCAGUGGCCCCAGAGAAGCGAGACGCUCUCCCAACUUCCAGCAGAGAAGCUGCCGCCCAAAAAGAAGCGUUUGCGGCUCGCGGAUAUGGAGCACUCCUCCGGGGAAUCCAGCUUCGAGUCCACGGGCACCGGCCUCUCCCGCAGCCCUAGCCAGGAAAGUAACUUAUCCCACAGCUCCAGUUUCUCCAUGUCUUUCGAUAGAGAAGAAACCAUGAAGCUUGGGGCACCUCCCAAGCAGGAUGAGUUUGGGAAGCACUCGGAGUUUUUGACCGUUCCGGCUGGUUCCUACUCGUUGUCUGUCCCUGGCCACCACCACCAAAAGGAGAUGCGACGCUGCUCGUCCGAGCAGAUGCCUUGUCCUCACCCAGCCGAAGUCCCAGAAAUUCGGAGCAAAUCUUUUGAUUAUGGGAAUUUGUCCCAUGCUCCAGUGGCAGGGGCCUCGGCCUCCACGUUGUCCCCCUCCCGGGAGAGGAAGAAGUGCUUUCUGGUGCGGCAGGCUUCUUUCAGCGGCUCUCCGGAGAUCGCCCAGGGAGAGGUCGGUGCGGAGCUGGUGAAGCAGGAACAGCUGGAGCAUCUGCACGCCAGCCUCAGGUCCACAUGGCACCACGCCCCGUGCUCUGUGCUCCCUCCUCUUCAGGCAGAGGAUCCAGGGAAGCAGGUUGUGGGUCCUUGUGCCCAGCUGAGCUCAGGACCACUCCACCUGGCCCAGCAGCAGAUCAUGCACCUGGACAGUCAGGAAUCUCUGAGAAAUCCUUUGAUACAACCUACAUCCUAUAUUACAAGCAAGCACUUGUCUGAACAGCCACACUUAUUUCCACAUCAAGAGUCUAUUCCGUUUUCUCCGAUCCAGAACGCCUUGUUUCAGUUUCAAUACCCUACCGUCUGUAUGGUUCAUUUACCAGCUCAGCAGCCCCCCUGGUGGCAGGCACACUUCCCCCAUCCCCUUGCUCAGCACCCUCCGAAGAGCUAUGGCAAGCCUUCCUUCCAGGCAGAAAUGCACCCCAGCUAUCCCCUGGAGCCUGUGGCAGAGCACACUGGAAAGAAAUCCGCUGAUUACACGCACACGAAAGAGCAAACCUACCCGGGUUAUUCAGGAACAUCAGGGCUACACUCAAAGAACCUUCUUCCAAAGUUUCCGUUGGACCAGAGCACCAAGUCAGCAGAUACUCCCUCCGAGUCGGUCCUUCAGGAAGAUUUCGCCUCGGCAAACGCUGGGCCUUUACAGUCCUUACCAGGAACAGUGGUUCCGGUUAGGAUCCAGACCCACGUACCGUCCUACGGGAGUGUCAUGUACACAAGCAUUUCUCAGAUACUUGGGCAGAACAGCCCGGCCAUCGUCAUAUGCAAAGUCGACGAGAAUGUGACCCAAAGAACACUGGUAACCAACGCAGCCAUGCAGGGGAUCGGGUUUAACAUUGCCCAGGUGUUGGGCCAGCACACGGGCUUGGAAAAAUACCCUAUCUGGAAAGUACCUCAGACCUUACCCCUGGGCUUAGAAUCCUCCAUCCCCUUAUGUUUACCUUCCACCUCUGACAGCGUGGCCACCCUGGGAGGCAGCAAGCGGAUGCUCUCGCCAGCCAGCAGCUUAGAGCUCUUCAUGGAAACAAAGCAGCAGAAAAGGGUCAAAGAAGAAAAGAUGUACGGACAGAUCGUGGAGGAGCUCAGCGCUGUGGAGCUGACCAACUCAGACAUCAAAAAGGACCUCUCCCGCCCACAGAAACCCCAGCUGGUUCGACAGGGCUGUGCCUCUGAGCCCAAGGAUGGCUUGCCGUCAAGGUCAUCUUCCUUCUCCUCGCUCUCGCCCUCCUCAUCUCAAGACCAUCCAUCGGCCAGCGCAUCCUUGAGGGAGCCUUUCCCGCCGAGCUCCAAGGCCCCCCCUCUGGGGCAGAAGUCCAGCCGGCCUUCAGAAAGCAAAGAGUCCUCAGAUGAAUUAGACAUUGAUGAGACGGCAUCUGAUAUGAGCAUGAGCCCACAGAGCUCCUCCUUGCCACCUGGGGACAGCCAGCUCGAAGAGCAAGGCAAGGGCCAGAAGCUGCCUGCUAGCAUGCUGGUCCACAGGGCCUCUGGCCCAAGUGGGAAAGUAGCAAAUUCAACUCUUCUUUUCACGGAUGUGGCAGAUUUCCAGCAGAUUCUUCAGUUCCCCAGUCUGCGGACAACAACGACUGUGAGUUGGUGCUUCUUGAAUUAUACAAAACCCAAUUACGUGCAACAGGCCACCUUCAAGUCCUCGGUUUAUGCUUCAUGGUGCAUUAGUUCCUGUAACCCAAACCCAUCAGGAUUGAACACCAAGACCACGCUGGCUCUUCUGAGGUCCAAGCAAAAAAUCACCGCAGAAAUUUAUACUCUGGCUGCUAUGCACAGGCCUGGAACCGGCAAGCUUACGUCAUCAAGUGCUUGGAAGCAGUUUGCUCAGAUGAAACCCGAUGCGUCCUUUUUAUUUGGCAGCAAACUAGAAAGGAAACUAGUGGGAAAUAUCUUAAAGGAAAGAGGGAAAGGAGAUAUUCAUGGAGAUAAGGAUAUUGGAUCCAAACAAACUGAACCCAUUCGAAUUAAAAUCUUCGAAGGAGGGUAUAAGUCAAAUGAAGAUUAUGUAUAUGUCAGAGGACGUGGACGUGGAAAGUACAUUUGUGAAGAAUGUGGAAUUCGCUGUAAGAAACCAAGCAUGCUCAAAAAGCAUAUCCGCACUCAUACUGAUGUCCGGCCUUAUGUUUGCAAGUUAUGUAACUUCGCCUUCAAAACAAAAGGGAACCUAACGAAGCAUAUGAAAUCUAAAGCACACAUGAAGAAAUGCCUGGAGUUGGGAGUCUCCAUGACAUCAGUGGAUGAUACAGAAACUGAGGAAGCAGAAACGAUGGAAGAUUUGCACAAAGCCGCCGGGAAGCAUAGCAUGUCCAGCAUUUCAACGGAUCACCAGUUCUCAGAUGCCGAAGAAUCGGAUGGUGAGGAUGGAGAUGAUAAUGAGGACGACGAUGAAGACGAUGAUGACUUUGACGACCAAGGAGAUUUGACACCCAAAACAAGGUCAAGAAGCACCAGUCCCCAGCCCCCUAGAUUCUCCUCCCUGCCUGUGAAUGUUGGCGCCGUGCCCCAUGGGGUUCCUUCCGACAGCUCCCUGGGGCAUUCUUCGCUGAUCAGCUAUUUGGUUACUUUGCCAAGUAUUCAGGUUACUCAGCUGAUGACACCAAGUGACUCAUGUGAAGAUACUCAGAUGACAGAAUACCAGAGGUUAUUCCAGAGCAAAAGUACAGACUCGGAACCAGACAAAGACAGGCUAGACAUCCCUAGUUGUAUGGAUGAAGAGUGCGUGCUGUCCUCAGAGCCCAGCUCCUCCCCGAGGGACUUCUCACCCUCCAGCCGCCAUUCCUCCCCAGGAUAUGAUUCUUCACCCUGUCGAGAUAAUUCACCAAAGAGGUAUCUGAUACCCAAAGGAGAUUUAUCUCCCAGAAGACAUUUAUCACCCAGGAGAGAGCUGUCCCCCAUGAGACAUCUUUCACCGAGAAAGGAAGCUGCCUUGAGAAGAGAGAUGUCACAAAGAGAUGUUUCACCAAGAAGGCAUCUGUCCCCAAGGAGGCCAGUGUCACCUGGGAAAGAGAUCAUGGCCAGAAGAGACCUCUCUCCCAGAAGAGAGAGAAGAUACAUGACCACCAUACGAGCACCGUCUCCCAGAAGGGCUUUAUACCACAACCCUCCGUUGUCCAUGGGGCAGUAUUUGCAAGCAGAGCCAAUUGUAUUGGGGCCUCCUAAUUUAAGAAGAGGAUUACCUCAGGUUCCUUACUUCAGUCUCUAUGGAGACCAAGAAGGUGCUUUCGAACAUCCGGGCUCCAGCCUUUUCCCUGAGGGUCCCAAUGACUAUGUCUUCAGUCAUCUUCCACUCCACUCUCAGCAGCAAGUGCGAGCUCCUAUCCCCAUGGUGCCAGUUGGUGGGAUCCAAAUGGUUCACUCCAUGCCGCCGGCCCUUUCCGGUUUACACCCUCCACCCACAUUGCCUCUGCCAAUGGAGGGCUCUGAGGAGAAGAGGGGAGCUUCCGGGGACUCCUUCGCUAAGGACCCCUACAUGGUUUCUAAGCAGCAUGAGAAACGAUCGCCUCAGGCUCUGCAGUCAUCUGGUCGACCCAGCACGCCCUCCUCUCCUCGGCUCUUGAUGAAACAGAGCACUUCAGAAGACAGCCUGAAUGCAACAGAGCGGGAACAGGAGGAAAACAUACAGACUUGCACAAAAGCCAUCGCCUCCCUCCGGAUUGCCACAGAAGAGGCCGCUCUGCUUGGGGCAGACCAGCCAGCUCGGGGGCAGGAGCCCCAUCAGAGACCCUUGGAAAGUGCACAUGUUAGCACUAGACACUUUAGUGGACCUGAGCCAGGUCAGCCCUGUACCUCAGCUACCCACCCUGACUUGCAUGAUGGUGAGAAGGACAAUUUUGGUACAUCACAGACUGCGUUAGCUCACUCCACGUUUUACAGCAAGAGUUGUGUGGAUGACAAACAGUCGGGCUUUCAAGGCAGCAAAGAAAUACCUUCAAGCACAGAGGAAGGCAAGGAACCUUCAUCAGAAAAGAGUCAACUACAUUGAUCUAAGAUGCAUGGAGACUUUCAUUUCCACAUUUUCCCAUUUUGUUUUUGUUUUUCUAGAAAUAGAGGUAAUCAAGUUUAUAGCAUGCCUGUCCUAAGUUCCAGUAGUUUGCUACUAUAUAUACUUUUGUUAUAUCAAAAGAAUUAGGUAAAUUAACAAGUCAUCAUGAGCCUGACCAAAACAAAAUUUGAAAUUAACCUAUUGGGUCUGGUACUUUUAAAAUUGUACAGAUGUUUGUGCCUUUUCUUUACUUUGCUUAUAUUCUUAUAAGCAUUUUUUAGCAGUAAUUUGUACAUAUUUUAGAAUUUGUGUAUCUGCUUUGUAAUAAAUGUAAUUUCUUUCCUUUUUUGGACACUUGGAUCUAAAUGAUGUAAAGCAAAACAGCAUCAAUAUAUAUGUGAGGUUGCACUAAAACAUAUUUUUAUAUGAUUAAAACCGAACAGCUUUUAUGUACAGCUCUGAUUCUGUAAUACUAAUAUUUAUUUACUUUGUUUCAUAAAUUGUACAUUUUUUCUUAUUGUUGUGGAUUGCUUUUCUAUGUGAAGCAUGGGAUUUACUGUUGCGUAACUAGAACAAAAUGUAUAUUGUAAACAAGAUAUUUAAACUAGAGUAUCUUAUUCUGCACUUAUGCAUUAGUUUAAAAAAAAAGAUAAAAGAUGUAUCAGUCAGUUCUUAACUCUUGUAAAUUUUUUUUGUCUCUUGUUUGCUGGAUUGACUAUAACUUAAGUGCUGAUUGUGAUUUUAAACUGAUAGUACCGUAAAGCAUUAAAGUAAACAAUGUGCUAUUGUGAGUUUUUUCAAAGCUUUAUAAAUCAGUUAUAAAUAAUAUUAAAAGUAUUUGGUCUUAUGUGAACAUGUGGAUCUACAUACUCACCUAAAAAUAUGGGAAAACAUUCCGCCCCAUGUAAAUAUGUACAAGUGCAUCACUGGUACAAUUUUAUGUAACUCAGUUGGACACUAGGUUGCCACAGACCUAUGCUAGGGUGUCUUUAAACAUUAAAGUGACAAAGCACAUGGGACUGUGUAGAGCUUGGUUAUCGGCCGGCCCGGUGGCUUGGCAGGCAGUGCUGUGCGCUGCUCAUGGAGAAGACCUGGGCUUAGCAAUCUCCUUGGUUCUUGCUGCACAAGGUGGUGACUGGAACUAAGGCUACUACAGAGGGGUCGCUUGGACCCGGAGGGGUGGGUGUGGAAGCGGGGAAGGGUGUGGAGACCUGCUCCCUGGCCCUUCCUGUCUGCCAGUCCACACGGUAACAGGGUUGACAUCAGCUCUAGGGGAAGCCACUUGACCCUCCUGAAGAGGGGCAGAGUGUCACACUCCUGGCUAUCUCAGGGGGAACGGGAAAAGAAGCUUUCUGGGUACAAGAACUUGUGGGAGGAUGUCUUUUGUACAUAACAUUCAGAGUGGGCUUUGGUUAGCGGUGACGGUGGGCAGAGCCUUUGUUGGCAGGUUCAGAAGAGUGGAAGGAAGGGAAGGGAGUACAACACAUGUGCACACGCGCACGUGUGUGCACACACACACAAUCUGGGUUAUCUUUGUGCUAUAUAGUGGAUUAUAAUUCUGUGAAACCAAGUUUGUAUAUUGAAUUACAUUAAGGAGUGUUCUUUAAAAAGAGAAAUAAAUAUACAAUUACAUG